CUCGGUUGACGUCACUUCCCGCGGCUCCUUCUCCCCGCCCCACCCCCUCACGGCGAUAAGUUUCCCGUCAUCCCCCGCGCAUCCUCCUUUCGCCUCGCGCGGCCAAGAUGGCGGACACGCAGACUGAGAGGGCGUAUCAGAAGCAGCCCACAAUCUUCCAGAACAAAAAACGUGUGCUCUUGGGAGAGACUGGCAAAGAGAAACUCCCCCGCUACUACAAGAACAUUGGUCUGGGCUUCAAGACCCCCAAAGAGGCCAUCGAAGGCACAUACAUUGACAAAAAAUGUCCUUUCACUGGCAAUGUGUCAAUUCGGGGCCGCAUUUUAUCAGGCGUGGUCACCAAGAUGAAGAUGCAGCGCACUAUUGUGAUCCGCAGGGACUACUUGCACUACAUCCGCAAGUACAACCGCUUUGAGAAACGGCACAAGAACAUGUCUGUGCACCUGUCCCCUUGCUUCAGGGAUGUGCAGAUCGGAGAUAUUGUGACUGUGGGCGAGUGCCGUCCUCUCAGCAAGACGGUCCGGUUCAACGUCCUCAAGGUGACCAAGGCUGCCGGCACCAAGAAGCAGUUCCAAAAGUUCUAAAGUGGCUCCUCAUGGCUCUCCUUGGGAUGCUCAAAUAAACCUUUUGUAAAGAC